CUUGCCCCGGAAGUGUUUCUCUUCCACCCCCGAGGUCGUAAUGGCGUCCCGCUGCAUUUGAAGGGGUCGAAACUGAAACAGGAGCCGUCUUCAUGAUACGAGAACAUGUACAAAACGCCAUGUAGCAGACUGUCAGGGGUGGUCGGUGUCAGUCUGAAGCAGUUAAUUCAAAAUGUUCCUCAUUGCAACCAGACCGCCCGCUGCCUCAUUCAGCUGCACAAAAGAGAUCCAUCACGCUGGCUGACGUACCAACACCUCAACUUCCUAAAACGCCAGUAUGUCACAAAGAACAACAGUGAGCUUCAUCAACGCGCCGCCCAGAAAGCGGCUCCCUGUCCGACCAGUGUAGAGGAGAGAGACGACAACGGCGUCGAAAGACGGGUGCAGAGGAUUCCAACUCUCGAUCCUGUGCUCACGGAUAACGUGUCGUCGUCGGAGAAUAUCACCAGUAAAGCACCGCCUGGUAUUUCAACCUCUGAGCCCUACGACGACGCAGCUGUACGGGAAGAUUCUGCACUCUGUGUUGUUGGGGCUCCCAAAGAGACUCCCCAUGUCCACGUGGAGACGGACGAGGCGAAGGAGGCGCGUCUGGACCGACAGUGGAAGCAGCUGAAGGUCGAUGGUGCUCAGCUGCCGGAUAUCUAUGCUAAGCUUGCUAAAAUCAAACUCACAGCGCUGGUGGUAACGAGUGCAGCGGCCGGCUAUGCAAUGGCCCCGGUGCCCUUUGACCCCGUCAUCUUCGUUGUCGCCUCCCUGGGAACGUGCCUCGCCUCUUGCAGUGCCAACUCAAUCAACCAGGCGGGCAGCACUGUAAACAGUCCCACCCAGGCGUUGCUGAAGGUGAAACAUAAUAUGGUGGAAGGUGUGCAAGAACAAGCACCACUUAAAGUGGAUCUCCUGUCUGACAUCCAAAUACUUCGAGGGGCCCUUCGACUCCAACAUGAACCGCACAAAGAACCGUCCGCUGGUCCGAGGACAGAUCAGUCCCCUCCACGCCGUGUCCUUUGCGCUGGCGUGCGGAGUUCCCGGAGUGGCUCUGCUCACGCUGGCGGUAAACCCGCUGACGGGCUUCCUGGGGGGCCUCAACAUCUUCCUCUACACCUGCUGCUACACCCCGCUCAAGAGGCACAGCAUCGCCAACACCUGGGUGGGGGCGCUGGUGGGCGCCAUACCUCCAGUCAUGGGCUGGACGGCCGCCACCGGUUGCCUGGAGCCGGGUGCUCUGCUGAUGGGUGGUUUCCUGUACUGCUGGCAGUUCCCCCACUUCAACGCCCUCAGCUGGAACUUGAGGGAGGACUACUCGCGCGGCGGCUACCGCAUGAUGUCCGUCACCCACCCGGGCAUGUGCAAGCGCGUGGCCCUGCGCCACAGCCUGGGCCUCAUCGGCCUGUCGACCGUGGCGCCCGCGUUGGGCGUCACCACCUGGACCUUCCCCGUCAUCUCGCUGCCCAUCAACCUGUACAUCAGCUACCUGGCCUUCGUCUUCUAUCGCCGGGGCGACCGCAGCAGCGCCCGCAAGCUGUUCUUCUGCAGCCUCUGGCACCUGCCCAUGCUGCUGCUGCUGGCGCUCACGUGCAAGAAGCCCCGGGGGGGCCCGGAGGAGGCGGCGGCUCCGGCCCUCGCACUGCAGAGCUAGCUGGCUUCCAAGACGCCCCAAAACACUUUUCAAUGCCUUCUGAGAGCUUUUGUUUUAACCGGGACGCUCUCCUGGGCGUCUUCCUCUUAACCACUCGUCGGGGUCCUCGCGACCGUUUUAUCCGUUUAUUUAAAGCCUCUCACUGCAGAUCAGGGAACGAGCUGGAAAUGAUUUGGAUCAAAAUGACUGACUUACAGAGAGCACACUCAAUCAUUACAUCAGUCUGUGAUCAUAUGGUUGGAUUAUGUGUGUGCGUGCUGUAUAUAUUCAGAAUUUAUUUAUAAGGGGGCCCCCAGCAGCUGCUCCCCAUACUGUACGGGACUGAUGUUACAUAUCUUGUACACAUGGAUCACUCUGCAGAUCGAUGCCAAAUAAGAAGAGAAGAGGAUGUGCAACGGACGUGAUGACAUCAUGCAGCCGCAAGAAAUGUUUGAUGAUGAAAACAGGACGAAUGUCAACAGUUUGAAGCAGCUGUUCAUCUUCAUGUAACCUGGUACCUGGCGGCAUUGCGAAUGCUCUGAUGUGUCAUUAUUUUUCUGCACACGGGCAUAUAUUCUCUCUCAAUAAAAGGCUUCGUGAUUGUAA